UUAAACUGUGACGACAUGACCGAUGAGCUCUAUUGCGGUUUAUGCGCCAAUGACACAAUAGUAACAACCACCGGUGUCCCUCGCUCUCUAAUCCAGCAAGUCGAUACAAACCUGGUAUGCAUUUGGCUCAUAACCUCUGACCUCGGGUUCAGGGUUCAACUGGAGUUCAUCGAAAUCCCCUAUUGUGAAAUUGUCAUCGGCGAGGGCGUGUUUUCAUCAGGAAACGUCUCCAGGGUGAUAUCUAGACCAAAAGACACUCCUUACGUUUGGUCGUUCCCGCAUUUUUUAUCGCUGAGUGGACCGUCCGUUUGGAUAAGGAAGAGUGGGUGCAGUCUGUACUCAUACUACCCCUCUGCUAAAAAAUACAACACCACAAGAAUCAACAUCAGCCAGUACACCGUAAAGGAAUGUGGCCAAGGCGAAUUUUCAUGCACCUCGGGCCCAAGAUGCGUUCCUGAAUCAGCAGUGUGUGACGGAUGGGGAGACUGCCCUGAGAAAGAGGAUGAAUUUGGCUGUGGUGAAUGCAGCGAAGAUCAGUUUUCCUGUCGAAAUGGAACAGGCUGCAUCCCAAAGUCAAAUUUAUGUGACGCCAGCAAUGACUGCACUGACCUUUCUGAUGAAUUCGAUUGUGGUCUGUGCCGAAAUGGUCACAUUAAGCUAAACAGUGAUGGAAGCACAUUGGUUUCUACACCUCGUUGGCCUCUCAACUAUCCUAAACAAACACACUGCCAGUGGCUCCUGGUAGCAGAAGUGGGAUACCGUGUUGUUGUGACUUUCUUGGAGUUUCAUUUAGAACAGGGGUACGAUUUCCUGCACAUCGGCAACGGGAAAUCUUUCCAGGAUGCCUACCUUAAAAUAUCCGGACUCAAGUUUCCGCAAAAAACUGCCUCAAAACAAAGCGAACUGUUUUUUCUUUUCACAUCCGACUAUGGUGUAGAAGAAAUGGGGUUCAAGCUCGAGAUCUCGCAGAGUCAAGAAGUGAGUUGUGAGAGAAAUGAAGUACCCUGUGGUGAGUCGUCAGAUCAGCUCGUGUGUGUACAGAACAAUACUUCAGAAAGAGGUCGCCCUUUCUGCUUUCCUCCAGGUUUAUGUGGACCUAGGGAAAUAUAUUUGAAAGAUGGACUUCGUGAUUUAAAGUCACCUGGUUUCCCAUCCAAUUAUCCCCCAAACAUUGCCUGCUGGUGGCGAGUGUACCCCCACCGGACAGCCAAGAGCGUACUUAUCAUCAAUGUGGUAACAUUUCAAACCGAGUUAGAGCAUGACGUAUUACGCAUCGAGUCGUACGGUCAGGAAAACAAGUCGUUCGCAUUACACGGAGCGACAAAGGUGCGAUCAAUCUUCCUGAAGUCAGAAGACGAGGUGCAACUUUCGUUUGUUGGAGACUCGACGGUGGAACGUUUUGGUUUUCAUCUACAAAUGAGUACAGGAGAUAAUUCAUCUUGCGGAAGUGACGCUCUUGACUGCUUGGAUGGUUCGUGUGUGCUGGACAGCGCCAGAUGUGAUGGAAUCAAAGAUUGUCAGAGGACAGAAGUAGACGAAGACAAUUGCAAGAAUAUACAAUGUCCAGAUUUUUACCAGUGCCAUAACACAACGGAGUGCAAAUACAGAUCAGUCAUUUGCAACGGACACGUAGACUGCCAUACUGGGGAUGACGAAGAGGAUUGUGACCAGCAUUGUCCUUCUAGAUGCACGUGUGACUACGACAAGAAAAUGGAAUUGGUGGUUAAUUGUGAUGAAGGUUGGGAUGAGCAAACCGUCCUAGACAUCGUCAAGAUUACAAAGCGACUGACACUGUCUGGAGCUAACAUAAGUAGUCUCAAACCUGGCUUAUUCAAAGACUUUCUGCACUUGAAGGCACUAUCGUUGUCUGGAAAUGACAUUCAUCGUGUGCCCCCUGGAGCUUUUGUUGGUCUCUCAAACCUCACAUAUCUGGAGAUCUCCAAUAAUCCAAUCAAGGAACUUGAAGGUAUGGCUUUCAUGGAAUUACAAAAUCUGCAAACCAUGUUAGCAACGAAUAUCUCUCUGGAACACCUACAGACAGGGGCAUUUAACGGACUCCGCAAUCUAAUAACACUAGCAUUGCUAAGAAGCAAUUCGAAUGAUGAUACUGUCCUGGUGGAUAAAGGUGCUGUAGUAGACCUGGUUAGCCUGGACAAAUUGUACGUUGAUGACUACAGACUCUGUUGUGAGUUUGUUUCUUUACCUACCUUCCAAGCUUCCCAAUGUCACACCACUGAGUUGCAGCCUCCAUUGAAUCUAUGCGGAAGUCUCAUGCAGAACGACCUCCUCCGCGUGUCUAUGUGGGUUCUUGGACUGAGCGCCCUCAUCGGCAAUGCAGUGGUCAUCAUCACGAGAUCAGUAGACACUGAUAAGUCCAAACCGAGCAUCAGGAAGAUCAGUCAUUCCAUUAUGGUUCUCAAUCUGGCGAUUUCAGACUUCAUGAUGGGUGUCUAUAUGCUGAUUAUCGCUGGUGCAGAUCUCCACUUUGGGGAUAAAUACUCACAAGUUGCCAAGGAAUGGCGGUCGUCAGGACUAUGUAAACUAGCUGGCGUCUUGUCGGUCAUGUCGAGCGAAGCGUCGGUGUUUAUCGUCACCUUGAUAAGUGUCGACUGUUUCCACGGAAUCGUGUAUCCGUUUAGCUCCAGGAGGCUUCGUAAGAAGUCGACAACAGUUCUGAUUCUUUUGGUUUGGUUGUUGUCUCUUGGUCUGAGUGUCGGACCCACGGUCUCGGGUAGUGGCUUGGACUCGGAUAUCUACGGGUUGUCUGAUGUGUGCAUAGGGCUACCACUUCUCACCAAACCAACCAGUAUUGAAAUCAAAGAGGGCGCUAUUGAUGGCUCUUUCGGGAACAGGACAGUCUCGAUUCAAGUCGCAACGGGGAAAAAACCAGCCUGGAUCUUCUCGAUCAUUCUAUUCCUCGGGGUGAACCUGGCUUGUUUCAUGGUGGUGCUCUUCUGCUACAUAAUGAUAUUCGUCAAGGUUAAACGCGCAGCAAAUAAAGUCCGCAUGGCCGCGCAUCGGGAUCGAGAAAUCAAAAUGGCCGUCAAAAUGGCGCUAAUAGUUGGUACGGACUUUGCGUGUUGGAUGCCUGUCAUCAUUAUGGGGAUACUAUCACAGUCUGGGGCGGUAGUCAUUGGUCCUGACAUCUACGCUUGGACUGUUGUCUUUAUCCUCCCGAUCAACUCGUCUCUAAACCCGUACCUCUACACGCUUUUUACGUCUAUAUCAGAGCGCAGGUCCAGAACCCGGAAUUCAUCUACCUUUUCCAGAACAAUGAAGUCCAUGGACACUUUGAGCUUAAGUGUUUCAACCAAAGCAAUCAGACCUGCUCAAGAUGUUCAGUAGAAAACAUUGAAGACGUAAUACAUUUGUCACCCUUUGAUUUUCUAGUGUACAGUAAAUGUAACUCGGUGAGAUUAACAGGCUUGACCUAGCGGUUAGGAACACCGGACUCAAGCUCUGGUGUUUCUGAUUAACAGAGUGUGCGUUUGAGUCCUAGUCGUGACACUUUGCAAGACGCUUUACACUGAUGCUUUUUCCUUUGGAUGGGACGUAAUGCUGUUGGUCUCGUGUGUUGUGAUACGUAAAAUAGUCCAGUGCACUUUAUCGAAAAGAGAGGGGGUUCGCCCUGGUGUUUCUAGUUUGAUUUGCAGCAUAAUUAUGCGCCACGGCACCUUGUAAAGCAGUACAUGGUGCUUUGUUAAAAGGAGUAUGUAUCAAAAUAAAAACGUAGUCCCACAUAGGCCCACGUUGAAAAAAAUACUGAUUGUUGAAGCGCCUUGAGCGUCACGUAGUGACAGAUUUGAACACUUUAAUAAUUAUAAGAAAUCACUAUAAUCAUGAACAUUUGAAGUUUGGCGAUAGUAUACGUCUGUACAUACCCAUUGAAGCACGGACAAUAUUUUUCCCGUUUUACAUGAACCUUCGAAUUCGUCGCAUUGAGUUGUAUUGUUAUUCAUGCACCUGAAACAAUGUGUUUUCGCGAUUUGUUUCGACCAACACAAUUUUAUAUGUAAAAAUUGAAAGUGAAGUUAGUCUAUUAUGGUUGUAUGGAGUACCAAAUGCAUCAACGGGUCUUUUGUUAUGUAGGAAAAUUGGUUUUCAAGUCUAUUCCACCCUGUGAUGCAGGAUGGCAGUAGCGUGACGUCCCUUCCAGAGAUAUUGAGAGAAUUGCGACAUGGAGGGACCAGUUUUCUAAAGUCAUGUGGUUGCUGGACGCCAUGUUGUCUCCAAAUGCAAAACAACCCAAUGGGCAGACUAGACUGGCACCCCGUAUUCGCACAUGCCUUUCUUGGGGAACAAAAUGGCUUCUAAUCGCAAGUUGUCGUAACUCUCCCAAUACAUGGCUCUGGUCCCUUCGUGACUGCGUGGGUUUUUCCAUGAUUGAAUAAUUCUCUGUGAAUUUUCCCUUUCACAUCAUAAACUGAAAUUUCCUCCAUUUUCUUCUCUCCGUGGAGUUCUUGGCCAUGUCUAGUGUGAUUGGGUUUACUGAGAGUCCUUUGUAUAAGCAUGGCAUCAAAAACAAACAAAGAGUAUAAAAAAACAACAACAAAAACACAAAAAUAGGCAAAGGCACAUAUCUACAUACACACAAAUCCCCAGGGACCCAAUCAUUAUCUAAUGAUUCUCGCUAAUGAUGCUAGCGUGGAAUUUAUGUAGGCCCCAGUGUAGACAUACAGGAAGCCUACGGUAAUUACACAUGUACCAAAUAUAUUGGUGAUAACACGAUGAGUUUACACUGGGAAACUAAUGCAACUAAUUAGUAACAUAAUCUAUCUAAGGAUUAAUGGCCGGUGUCUCGUCCAUCCUUGAACGCAUCGAUGCUAAUCAACCACUUUGUAUAUUUUUUUAUAUAAUAUCGAAAACGUGACCGUUUGAAAUUAAAUGUUCACAUGUUAGUUUUACUGUGUAUUUUACAUUUUUUUAAAGGUUUAAAACAAUCGAACGGUUCAACAAACCAUUAUGUAAACCUUUUCAUUUAAUAUAAAACUUUAUACCGCAACCAUAAUUCCUUGCGGACCAGUACCUGCUAUUAAUCCUAUAAGGAACACUUAUGAAGCUAAUGGAUUUGCUUUUUAAAAAGCGGACCGAUUAAGACGGUUGUUUUUCUUAUCUACGGAGAUUUUUAUAUUACAUCGUGUUUAAAGAGCCUCCAAUGUCGGGUAACAUUUCCUGAUGCCCUCAUUUUCCAACAAUAAGUGUCCUUAGAAAGAAAGGGAACAUAUGUCUCAAAUUGUAGGUUAAUGCGGUGCCCAACCCUUACACGAUAACCGGUGGGGGUUAAGGCCGAGUCACACUGCAGCGAUAACGAAAACGAUAGCGAUCAUGACGCUAAGAGAACGCAUUAUAAUGUUUAAUGUUGUAGCAUAGUAAGUACAUCUCAUUUGAGUAGUGUUGGCUCUAAAACAACAGUUUGGUGUAAUUUUAGAAAGAGGUAGAACACAUUAAAUUUGUUGUAUACAUGUCUCUCGUUUAACGUAUUGCAAUGCCUCACUCCGUUUUACACUACACAACUUAUAUUGGUUGCUAAAAUGUGCAGUAAGCCUACGUUGGAAAAACGUUAUACCCAGUUGCAAUGUUGAUUUCAUAAAACCUAUUUUUUGCAAAGCUACAUAAUUCUUGAUUAACCUUUUUCAACGGAUUUUCAACUUCAAAAUUAAGUUAUGCGAUGCACCCAUUUUCAUUAUGCGACGGGAAAACAUUUUAAAAUGAUAACCUAGAAAUUAAAGUGGUGUCAAUCGAUCUAAAGAAGAAGAACAAAUAUGUCAAUAUACAUUUUUGUCUUCACCUUUUCGGAGCAAACACGAAACACGACGUCAAUCAGACACUAAAAGCAAAUGGAUUUGUAUUAGAUCAAUUUAGGAAUUUUCCGCAUCAAUAAAAGGUCAAAGUCAAAGCCGUUUUGA